CUCGCUCCGUUAAACCACCCUCUUCGGUCGGGGUAAUCAUUUUCUCGGCGCAGGCAGGCCGACGAUCUAAGAGGGUAAAAGACACAGUUCUAAAAAGUUCGUGUGGUCGGUUCUCGGUCGCCUGGACGCCGCUUUGUCCAUGUCGUUCCGCGGUAAGUCACACGCGCGCAGCGUCCUGACGAUAAAUCGUUUUCGUUCUCUUCCACAGAGGGGUGCACGCGGCAGCGGCAUGGAACAGGGAACGGUGUCGUGAAGUGAGGCGGUAGGCGCGUGUCGUCCGCGCGCGCGUGGUUGGAACGACGACGGCGAUGGCGAGCUCGGGCACGGCGGUGGUCGACGGGGUCGGCGAUGACGGCACGACGGGCGUGCCGGGCGGCGGGCCCAGAAAUCCCCUCACCUGCGGUGUUUGUCACAAUUACUACAACGAGCCCUGCCUGCUCUCCUGCUUCCAUACCUUUUGCGCCCGGUGCAUACACGGUCCUCACAUCGACGGGACGAUCAAGUGUCCCAUCUGCGGGCAACAAACACAGUUGAAAGAUGGAACGCAACUACCACCUGCCGAUCAACUAAUACGCCAACUGGUGGAACUGGCAAAUUCUGAAAAUCCACCAUGUGCCAAUUGUGACAAGCGUGACAAGUCUACUAUGUUUUUCUGUACAACAUGCGGACAAGCGCUUUGCACUCACUGCAGGGAACACACCCAUCGCGCAAAGAUGUUCUCCACCCAUGAGGUGGUGCACAUGAGCAAGUGCACGAAAGACACCCAACGCCGUUGUCCGAGCCACGGCGAGCAGUAUAUAAUGUUCAGCCAGAGUGCCAAGUGUAUGCUGUGCGCCACAUGCUUUCGCGACACGCCCCCGGACGCGCGGGUGCACUGCAUAGACAUCGAGAGCGCUUGGCAGCAGGCCUCGAAGAAGAUGGAGCGCGCAGUGAACUCGAUCUGCGAGCUCCAGGCUGGGAUUAAGGACGGCGUGCUGGCGCUCAAGUCGCAACUGGACGAACUGCGGCACAGCCUCGAGUCCGAAAAGCGCGCGUUGACCGCCUUCUGCCAGGGGAUGCAGGAGGCGAUCAACAAGACACACGCGUACGUCCUCGCCGAGCUGCAGCGUCAAUUCGACACUAAGGAGCGUAUGGUGCGCACGCAGUUGCUCGCACUCGGUGGUGCGUUACCUGUGCUGCAAAUGCAUCUGAUGCUGUGCACCGCGUUCACCACUGGCGCGACCAAGUAUCAGUUCCUCGAGCUGGCGCACCCGAUGCUGGAGCGGCUGAGCCGCGUCGCCCAGCUAGGUCAUCCGUCGCGGCCACCGCUGCUCGCUGCUCACAUCAAGACCAAUUAUCGAGCCGACUUCGCACGCGCUCUGCAUCCUUACAUAACCCAAGUGCAGACCCCGAAAAUGCCCGCUGAAUCCCUGUACGAUCAGAUGAUCGGCGGUCACACGAUAGGCCAGCCGGAGCCACAAGUACUUCAGAGUAACAAGACUACUCAGAGACUCCCGCCCCCGAAGAGCGGAUCUGACGGCGGACCAUUCUCCAAUCAUUGUCGAACCUUCGACACCCAGUUAAAGGAACUGAGCCAGCAGUUGAUAACGGUGAGAGAGCGACUGGGCGAGCUGCAGCGGGACGUUUCUGUCUUGAAGCGAGCGAAUACUCCGCCGCUGGGUUCGCGCUACGAUCACGUGGCGAGAGACUGCCGUGUGCUUGAGCAGCAAUUGGAGCAUCAUCAGAUGGAGCUGGAGCGACUGAGAAACAUCUUCGACGCGCUCUGGGAGGAGCAGAUGUGUAGAAUUCACGUGGAAAAAGAGAUCUUCCACUCUCAGAUGAAUGACAUACUGUCCCUGAAGAGCGAGGUGAAGAAACUGCAAGUGCUCGCUCAGCACCUGGAGCCCUUCGUCAAGUCAUUCUCGAUAGGUAUCGGCGCGGGGGAGAUAAGCACAGCCGCGGCGGAUGCGGUUGAUAAUCAGCAUCUGCAAGCAUUGCUGGAUCAUUUGGCACGCUUGCAGAUGCAGGAGCCACCGCCGGUGCAUCCACAGGCUCAAGCACCGACGAAGGAUCAUCGUCAUCCACGCAGCACUACCACGAGUGCCGAUAAUGCAUUAUACAUGAAAGAGACGAAGGAGAUCCCGACGCGAUGUCGCACGCCGUCCGGCGGUGUCGGCGCCGUUUUAGACUCGAGCGGCAACAUAGUCGUAUACGGUACGGCCAAAUCGACCGAUCCGAAACGAGGCGUGCUCAGCCAAUUGAUCGAGAAGGCCAGAACGCAGAAGGACGAUCGCAAGAAGUCGCCAGGCAGGGAGGAUGGCCGCGAUCGCAGUCAGAGUCGACGUUCGCGCAAGUCGCCGGACGGCUCGAAGCCGAAGACGCCACCCGGGCACUCGUCCGGCAGCAAGAUGCGGUCGUUAUAUCGCUCCCUGAAAGGCGGCACUGGCGACACUUCCGCCGAGGCGCUCGAUCAGGCGGAGAGAUGCACCGACUCGCAACAGCCGCAGUCUCACAUUGGCGAUGACGGCGAGUAUCAACGAAUCUCGGAGGCCUCGAGCAUGGGCGAAGCGAAGAAACGUGUGCAGGCGCAGGUGCACGCGAUCCCAACCGACGAUCAGAUACGAGCGAUUCCGAGCAGCAAAAUCGCUAAGAUCUACCCGGCCAGCGAUUCCGAGGAGCUGUUCUACGGCGAUGGAAAGGCGGACGCGAGGAGACGACGGCGCGCCAGCUGCGACAGCCUGAGCACGACCGGCUCCGGCAACAGCAGGCGAUCGAGCAUCGCCGACGGGACGGUAGGUCAACAAUCCAUCGUGCAGGACCCCCGGAAAACUCUGGUCUAUUUGAUCGGAUCACGGACACCGUCAUCUCUCGUGCAGAAGCAGCGCUCCUGGGAGACCUUCCCGCGGCCCAAGAGCAAGCGUGGCGCCGGUAACGAAGGUACGGCCGCGGGGGCGUCGUCCCUCGGCCAGUUGAAGAAAGCAGACAGCUUCGAGGGCCACGAGGAAGCGGUACGCACCUUGGUGGCGGCCGUGCAGGAGACGCGCUCUCAGCUACGACACCAUCACUUACAUCAUCAUCGUCAUCAUCGUAAGAGCAAAACGAAUUGAGACGCUUUUCGUCGUUCUCAGUCCUUUCGCAACCCCUCCUCGCGCGCAACAAUUACGUAAGAAUAUACAUUGUCCGUGGAUAUCGAAUAGAUAUCCGCGAACCUAUUGCGUAUAGAUAGAAAACGAAAAGGAAAAUGAGAAUGAUCAAAAGACUAAAUGCCGUGCCCCAAGUGGCUUAAGUAUACAUGUUAUUUAUUAGCAACGGAAGCGUAUUGUUGUGGGAGCCGAUAUUAUCGGUUUUUCGAAAAUUUUGGACACUACUAGUAUAUAAUAACAAUAAUAAUAACGAUAAAUAUAUAAAUAUGAUAACGAUCACGAAGAAAGGUCUAUAUUCUGCGCGAUAAUGGAAAAUCGGAAAUCUUUGUUAUCGAUAGGCAUCUUCGACAAGUGCCGUCUUUAUAUUACUUUUCGAGAGAUUUCUUUGAUAUUAUGAUCAAACGCAAACGAUGUUUGCAUUAUUCCAACAUUUUUGACAUUUGUAUUGUGUCCGAAGUUUUUUAUAACGAUUUAAUUGCAUUCGAUGAUGAAAACGCCGAGGAUCGGUAUCCCUGCCACUGUAAAUCCAGAAAGAGAUAUGUAAGAGAAAGAGAGUACGGUCACAUGCAUUAUGUCCGCUACUCGAUCGUAUGUUGUUGACCUAUCGCAAAACGACGCGGUUGGUACACGUAGAGCCUUGAUUAGGGAUAGCGCGAAGAUAAAACAUUUUUCGAACAAAAUAAACGCGCGUGUGCAAUGUACAAUAAUUGCAAAAGAACCGCGGUUGACGUUGCAAUUUAAACUCUUACAGACAAGUUCGUUUUGUUCUGAGCGCAUUAUCUUUCAGUUUAUUACAAAAAAAUUCACACAUCUUGUUUCCCCGUUGUAAAAUAUGUGGAUUUAUUCUCACUUUAUUCCCCCCCUCCCCCCGUACAUACGAGAUUCUUCCCUUGAACGUCAACGGGUCGGAUGCAUAGUCCAGUAAAGUACAUCGCGCAAUUCGAUCGGUCGAGUAAUAAAAACGGUAAUAUUUAGCUAGUAAACAACACUGCCAGUCGCGAUAUACGUAUUACGAAUUUAAUCGACGAUACUCGAUUCGCGAAGAAUAGCCUAAUUCGAGCGGUUACUCGUAAUCGCCAGUCACAUCAAUAAACAUUAAAAAAAAAAAACCGGCGAUUGCCCUACAAUAUGCUGCGAACGCGGCGUCGUCGUACGGGCUCGUCUUUCUCGCAAUUUUCGACUGUAACGUAACGGUAAUAUUACUCCGAACAUGAGAGAUGCAAGGAUAAAUCGGUAUAUUACGAGGAAUCAGCUCCACCUUGUGAAAGUCAAUGCGAUCGUUAAUCGUUGUUUCGAAUUUAACUACGAGCGAGAACUUGUAAUCUUCAACAGGGUUACAAUGAAUGUUCUAAUUAUAGCGAGCGUAUACACGUAAAAGCAUGUAUGAGAAAUGUCGAAUUGGUGGAAUAGUAAAAUAUAUACAAGUUAUAAUAA